CCUCACUCACCUGACAGAGCCGCGCUGCAUCAAGGACCAGGCACCUGCAGCCCCACAGGCCAGAGCACACGAGUACAUUACAGCAGGAGGUGACACGGUGGGAGCGACUUAAGGGCAAAUGGUGUGAGGAGCAUAAUUGCAUUCAAUGACCUAUUACUGUCUCUACUGCACAUUAACUACAGGGAGGACAGUAUUGCUGAUACAGAAGAAUAAAAUUACACACUCUGAAUGCAACAAAACACUCAUUAGUCCUGGUAAAUUACCCUUAGCCCAUUUUAAGAUGUUGAAUAGCUUAUUAGGAAGAUUGAUCAAUAUAGUGGGAUAUUGCCCCCAAAUCUGAUUAUGAAAAAACUCAGAUGAAGUGGACAGUAUUAGUUCCACGACCUCAACAAACUGUGAACAAACUGUAUUGUUCUUCACUAACAUAAACAAGGGCAAAACAUAUCAGUUUGACUCUCUAGUAUUUUGAAGCUCCCCUCCAUUGAAAUUCCUUACUAAGGUUCUAUAUAAUGUAACCUGUAGACAUGACUGACAACGUGGACACCCCAACCAACAUCUCCUUGAGCCCUAGUGUGAGUGAAUCUCUAGAGUACAAGACUGUGUCUGUGUUUUUGGUCCUUCUGGUAUGUGGUGUGGGCAUAGUGGGAAACAUAAUGGUGGUCAUGGUAGUCUUCACCACUCGCCACAUGAGGACCCCCACAAACUGUUAUCUGGUGAGUCUGGCCAUAGCGGACCUCACUGUGCUGGUGGCGGCCGGACUACCCAACGUGGCGGACAGUCUGAUGGGGACGUGGGUGUUCGGACAGGCUGGCUGCCUGGGCAUCACUUACCUGCAAUAUCUGGGCAUCAACGUGUCGUCAUGCUCCAUCACGGCAUUCACUGUGGAGAGAUACAUUGCCAUAUGCCACCCCAUAAAAGCUCAGACAGUGUGCACCGUGUCGCGGGCCAAGAGGAUCAUAGCGGGCGUUUGGAUUUUCACCUGUAUCUACUGCAUGCUGUGGUUCUUCCUGGUGGACAUUCAAGUGGGGCAGGACGGACAGGUGCAGUGUGGCUACAGGGUGAAGCGUGACCUCUAUUUGCCCAUCUACCUCAUUGACUUUGCCAUUUUCUACGUCAUCCCUUUGCUCCUGGCCAUUGUGCUUUACGGUCUGAUAGCACACAUCCUCUACCUCAGCUCCCUGCCCAACCACCCUGAGGCCAGUGCCACCACCCUACGCCGCAGCUGUAGAGAGGGUCCCGACAGCAGCGGAAGCCGUCCCAUUCGCUCUGGGCACUCUUCCAGGAAACAGGUGACUAAAAUGCUCGCUGUGGUUGUGAUCCUGUUUGCACUGCUGUGGAUGCCCUACCGGACUUUAGUUCUGAUCAACUCCUUUGUGUCCACUCCUUAUUUGGAUGCCUGGUUCCUGCUCUUCUGCCGAACCUGCAUCUACGCCAACAGUGCCAUCAACCCAGUCAUCUACAACGCCAUGUCGCAGAAGUUUCGCUCGGCUUUCCGGGGGCUGUACCGCUGCCAGAGGCCAGAUGGCGCUCACCGGACCAUGUCAAUGUUACAGAGCGGGUGUGGCACAGUUAGAGACACACGAAGUUCCCAACCCAAAGAUGGAGAUAAAGAAAAAGUCAAAAAGCACCUGGAGAUCAGUCCACAGCACAAUGGCAGUGGUCGCGCUCAGAUUGUAGUUAAUGGAACAAAAGCACAUGAUGGGCCCCCAAUGGCUUUUACAUUUGACACUCUGCCCCCAGUGGUGAAUGAGGAGAAGACACAUUUGGCAGGGGACAACACAGUGACAGUUCCAAGCACAGUCAUAACAAGUGAACAGCACAAAAUGACAAAAAUAUGAAGCAUUCAUAACAUGUUUUAAAGAGGGUCUUGCACAUUGUUUUACAUUGCCCAGUGUAAGUAAGUAACAUAACUGACAUAGUGUUGCUUUGUGGUAUAUAGCUUAAAGUUCGAGCAAUGAUCUCAAGAAUUCUAUAACUAGAUGUCUUUCAUAGGCAUGUCACUGCCACCCAUAAUUAACACAUCGUCUAUGCUAAUCACUGCCAAUACUCUGAUGUUUAACUUGGACAAAGGAAGACAAUUCUAUGGUCAGUUAUAGUUACGGAUUGAUUGAAAUGUAAUUUACAAAUAAUUAAUUUAGUUAUAGGAUGGCUAUGUCUUCUGUAAAUAUGAAACAUCUUUGAGGAGGAUGGUGGUUUUAUGUAAAUAGCUUUAUUAAUUACUUUUAGAAAAGCACAUGCACUAUAGCUUUUAUAAGUCACAAAUUAUAUUUGGCCAAUCCCAAUGAAGUCCUGCAGAGGUGUACUGUUUCAGUAGAUCCUGUGGGACAGUCCACAUGGACAUGGACCACAGUCUGGGGCACAGAGGCCGGAAUUGUGGAGUAUCCUCUGUAGAGCCACAGUUAUAACUCACUUUGUUUAUUGAUCUGUGUACAGUGUACAUCAUGUACGUAGUGAGUUCUAUCUUUACUGUGAAAUACUAAUUAGCAGUUUCAUGUUCACAGAUUCUUCUUGAUGCAUGCACCUUGACAACUGUGCUUUUAACCUGUGCUCUAGUGAGAGAAUCUUGGGUAGAAAAACAUACAGUAUUACAUAUAUAUUUUAGUACAAGUGGAGUGCUGUUGGUUUGUUUGUUUGUUUGUUUUUGUUUUGUGUGCAUACUAGUGUAUAUUGAGUAAUUUGAAGGAAUUGUGCAGGUGUAAGGACCCUGUCCUGUAAGUCAGCUGACCCUUUAAACUCUAACGUCCCAAGAACAACACAUAAAGUGUAUGGAUUUAUCAUUGAAUGUGGUUUUGUGUUUGUAAAAAGAGGCUUUAACAGCUAAUUUUCUAUAUUUGCAGUUGUUGUUUUUUUAUGUUAUGCAGAGAAGACUUCAGAGUGAAUCAAAUAAUUCAAUAUAAAAUGUGAUCAGACAGAAGUUACUUUAUAUAAAUGAUUAUUAUGACUUAAAAUGAUUAAAUAUAGUAUCAAGUGUUAAUAAGUUGUAUGCAGUAUAUUUAGUACUUUUUGUUGUAUGGAAUAUUCAGUAUGUGUAUUUUUCAAAGCUAUGUGAAUAUUUUAAAUCUUGAUUACUGUGGCAGUAAGAGAUGGUGUUUCUGUCUGCUGCUUGUCUCAUUAUUAACACAAUCUAAAUGAUUUCCAUGUAUGUAGGAUGCUUGCGGUCAUUCAUUCAAAAAACAUUGCCUGCCUUGGUUUAAUACAAAGACUGGGCAGAAAACAGCCCAUUUGUUUUGCUGUCCCUGGCGGCUACAGUGGACUAACACGAUGAUUUUUCAUUAGUCCAGCAAUGACUCACCAUGAGCUUGCUGGUGCAAACUUGAAUACAAACUUGCUGUAUAGUAUGUGAGUUAGUCGUGUAUGUGGAUGGUUCUUGCUGUAGUGUUGUGGAAGUGUGAGUGUGUCAUGGUUUAGCCCUGGAGAGCUGCCAGUCUUCUCACUUGUGAU